CGCACCGGGAUAAAACUCACUCCAUUCGCCGAUUGCGGCCGCUUCAGCUGCGUGCGAGUGAUCCAACAAACCUAGAUCUUUUGAAGAGGGGAUCAUUACCCGUUCUGCCACCCGUCCGAUGAACGCCUCGGGGCUUGUGACGUCACGGAGUUUUGUAAAUGAGUAGGAAACACAGAAAAUGGCGAAGUUGGUGGUGAUGCGGAUGCUGUGAUCCAUAUUAAUUAUCGAGUAUCGCGGACAUUUGGAGUGUUGUGACCAUGAAGAAGCAUUGAAGAUGCUUGUAAAGUGUUGUUCUUCCGUUUAGGAAUCUAGAUGCAAUGGCUGCGAACAUGUAUAGGGUUGGAGACUAUGUCUUUUUUGAGACAUCCUCCACCUCUCCCUACCAGAUUCGUAGGAUUGAGGAACUAAAUAAGACUUUAAGUGGCAAUGUGGAGGCUAAGGUGAUGUGCUUCUACAGGAGGAGAGACAUCUCCUCAUCCCUCAUCUCAUUAGCUGACAAGCAUCAGAGUGCCUUAGAGGAGGAGGGCGGCGAGGGCGGUGGCGACAAGGAGGCCGACACGGAGGCGGCCCUGCAACGCCACCUGCUGAACCAGCGCGAGCUCUUCCUCUCGCGCCAGGUGGAGACGCUGCCGGCCACGCACAUCCGUGGCAAGUGCUCUGUCACGCUACUCAACGAGACCGAGAGCCCCGAGAGCUACACCGGACGGGAGAACUGCUUCUUCUACUCGCUGGUGUACGACCCGCAACAGAAGACGCUGCUGGCUGACAAGGGCGAGAUCCGCGUGGGCAGCAAGUAUCAGGCGGACAUGUCGUGCGCGACCCUGCGGCAGCCGGGCGAGACUGACCCGCGCCGCUCCGAGGAGCUCGAGACGCUGGUGUGGACGCCGCACCACCAGCUGCCGGACCGUCAGAUCGACCAGUUCAUGGUCAUAUCGCGCUCGGUCGGCACGUUCGCGCGCGCCCUGGACUGCUCCAGCUCGGUGAAGCAGCCCAGUCUGCACAUGAGCGCCGCCGCCGCCUCCCGCGACAUCACACUGUUCCACGCCAUGGACGUGCUGCACAAGAACGACUACGACAUGUCGAAGGCGCUGGCGUCGCUGGUGCCGUCCAGCGGACCCGUGCUCUGCCGGGACGAGAUGGAGGAGUGGUCGGCCAGUGAGGCCAACCUUUUCGAGGAGGCGCUCGAGAAGUACGGCAAGGACUUCAACGACGUCCGGCAAGACUUCCUGCCGUGGAAGAGCAACGCCCAGCUGGUGGAGUACUACUACAUGUGGAAGACGACCGACCGGUACGUGCAGCAGAAGCGCGUCAAGGCCGUGGAGGCCGAGUCACGCCUGAAGCAGGUCUACAUUCCAAACUACAACAAGCCCAACCCGGCGGCGCUCAGCAACGGCAAGAUGGUGAACGGCGCCGGCGGACCGGACACGGGCCGGCCGUGCGCCGGCUGCUCAGAGACUCACUCGAGCCAGUGGUACUCGUGGGGGCCUACCCACCUCGGCGGCCGACUCUGCGCCAACUGCUGGGACCGCUGGAAAAAGUACGGCGGCGUGCGCAAGCCCACGGCUGAAGACGGCGACCGGCCGCCGUCGGCCAGCGGCGAGAGCGAGCACUCGGCGUCGUCGGCGUCGCUGGUGAAGCUGCACCGGUGCACGUCGGCCGGCUGCGGCCAGGAGUUCCGUCAGCGCGCCCAGCUGAUCCGCCACGCGGCCAACGCGCACGGCCUGCUGCUGCCGGGCACGGGCAGCUCGCGGCCCAUCACGCGCACGCGGCCCAGCUUCUUCCUGGCGCCGACGCCGAUGACGCGGCUGUCGCGUCGGCUCUGCCGCCACAUGAUCAAGCCGCGCCGCGCCGCCCGCACGCCCAUCCACGCCAUCAACGUGGCCGCCAUCAAGGCAGAGUGUAACCAGCUGAUGACGGAAAGGAGCGAGGAGGAGCUGCAGGCGCUGCUGCAGGCGCGCUGCAAGCCACGCGAGCGCGGCUCGGUCUCGGCCAUCGGGCCCAAGCUGGGCCACCAGCUGCAGCACCCGGAGUGGAUGGUGCCGGCGCCGGGCCCGCCGCCGCAGCCGGAGCGGGUGGCCUUCCCGCGGCCGCCCAAGGCACCCGACGGCAGCCUCAUCUACACGCCGGUGGAGAGCAAGAUCCAGCUGAACUCGAGCGUCACCCUGAUGCGGAAGCGGCCAUACGAGGAGACCAACGGCGUGGAUGCGAGCACGCCGAAGCGCCCGCGGGAUUCUGUCUCCAUCACACCGAUCCCGGCUCCCCCCGCCCCGCCGGCGGCGCCCCGCUCCGGUAACCACGUGAACGGCGGCGGCCGCGCCAAGAUCGCCACCGUCACCCGGCUGGGCGGCGGACGCCAGAAGGUUAUCUCGCUGGCCGACGCGCCUGACGACGUGUUCCACGUGGCUAACGCCAACACAAAGCGGAUGCGGCGCCGCCUGACGCCGCCCGAGCUGCGGCGCGCCGCCCGCAAGCCCUGGCGCCGCCUGGCGGUGAGCAU